AAGUUUCAAGCCCCGAAGGCAUAUCCAUGUUUUCGAUCACUGUACAUGGGUACUAGUAAACAUUGUCACACCAUUAGAGUGCCCCCAAAGCGUGGCAUACAUAUUUAUCUCAACAUUUCUGACAUAAUGCAUGGAAAAGUACGACAUUUGCUUCUACCGAUAGGAAUCCUGGUUCUUCUUUGGGGCGUCCCAGUCAUGUCUACCGCAGAUUUUCUGCUUGUAGCAGACGACAAUCUCGGCAGCAUCACGCAGGUGAACAUGGCGGACGGUACGAAGCGCCCCCUGCCGCUGGGACCGGUAACGCACCCUCAGGCCGUCAGCUAUGACCCUCGGUCCGACCACGUGUACUGGACCGACUACUGGGAUGAAGUCAUCCUGCGGGCCCACAGGAACGGCUCCGGGAGGGAGACACUGGUGGACAGCGGUGUCAUCACCGCGGACGGCCUGACACUGGACCUGCCCGGGGGGAACAUGUUCUGGACGGACCGACACGCGGAGACCGUCUCUGUGGCCCGGCUGGACGGCCGGUAUGUCCGGACUCUGGUGUCACAGGACGUGGGGACACUGGGGGACAUCGUCGUGGAUCCUGCAAAUGGCUACAUGUUCUGGACGGACUGGGGAGUGAACUGUAGAAUAGAGAGAGCGGCGAUGGACGGAACCGGCAGGGUCGUCCUCAUCAGCUACAUCUUCGGUACACCCCGAGGACUCGCCAUAGACUACAUUGAGCAGAGAAUUUACUGGAGUGACGCGGCAUAUCGCACCAUACAAAGUGUGGAUCUUUCCGGUCAGAACCAGAUACAUCUGACCAUGUUUCGCCAGGCCGGCUUCUUUGGACUGGCUUUGGAUAACCUGAACAUGUACUGGACAUCCUGGAAUGUACCCUAUGUAGUAGUGACUCCAAAGUCAUCGCCAAACAGACACCAUGCCCUCGCUUCUGGGUUCCCCUCUCCAAACGGGAUCUAUGUUAACCGGACGGACGCCGGCGCUAUCCCGUCGUCAGCCUGCUCUCUGUCAAACGGAGGAUGCCGGGAGUUGUGCCUGGCUCGGCCCGGAGGGAGGACGUGUGCCUGUCGGAACAGUUGGGCACUACAGAACGACAGCGCUUCCUGCAGCCCGAUAGUGCCCGUGUCUCCCAGCUUUUUGUGGAUAGACCGUGAGCGUACAUUUGACACCAGUUCAGUCGUCAUGUUAGCCGGAGAUAGCAGCACGGUCCGCGGGUCACCUGGCAGUUUCCCCAUAACCACACUACUCACCGUUAAACCGCCCUCAUAUAUCGACGCCAUAGACUACGACUUCCGACAGAACCUUCUGUUCUGGGUCAAUCCUGGACAGAAGAAAAUAUACAUGAACCUGUAUUACACGGACGGUGUGUACAACUGGAUCGGGAUGGUGAACUACAACACGUCACACCAUCACGUCAUCAUCCAGGCACAGUUAGACCGACCCCGUGGUACAGUGGUCCACCCCAUUAGAGGCUUCUUGUUCUGGAACGACUGGGGAGAGGAACCUAAGAUUGAGAGGGCUACUUUAUCCGGACAGAACCGAACAGUCGUGGUCAAGGAAAACCUCCAACGACCCAGCGGUAUGGUCAUCGACUAUGCUAAUGACAGACUAUUUUGGGCUGACACUGGUCUUGACGUCAUCGAGUCAUGUGACCUGGACGGAAGCAACAGAAGACUUUUCUACGCGCUGCCGGGAACACUCUUCUAUGACAUUACCUUUGAUGGAAGGGAGAUUGUCAUAGCGGAUUGGUACCAUGAUAGGCUGAUCUUUGCGAACGGCACGGACGAGGUGACAGUCGGAGACAGCCAGGCUGCCUACAUAUUUGGCGUUGAGUUCUAUGAUGAGAGUCGACAACCUUGGAUACAAAGUGAGUGUCAGAGAAAUAACGGCGACUGUCAGCACACAUGUGUAGGUGGUCCGGAUCAGCACACCUGUCUUUGUCUACCUGGAUAUGAUCUGGAUAAAGAUAAACACACCUGCAUAGAGAGUGGUCAUAGUUUUUCGUCUGCUCUAUUGGUUGCAACGGAUGAAGGUAUAAUGAAGUUUCCUCACAACAUCGCAGACCUCCAUAUGAUGGCUGAUCUUAACUUCACCUACGCAGUACAGGGAGACAAGGUCAUUGCCAUCGACUACGACCAUGCAGGGAAGAUGCUGUUCUACGUUCAGGAAGGAGACAGCGGGAUGCGGAGCAUACGGCGUCUGGAGCUUCUUGGCCAAAAUGAUUUGUUCAACAUACACACCAGUGGUGGCGGGAUUAACAGUAUUGCCGUGGACUGGGUGUCGUCAAACCUGUACUGGACAGAGACGCUAUCAGGUCGGAUCUACGUGUCCCGCCUGGACGGCAGUUUCAGACAUGUCCUUAUAGACAACCUGAACCAGCCGCGCGGACUCGCUGUACAUCCGCCGGAGAGACUGCUCUUCUGGACGGAAGUCGGUAGGAUUUCACGAGCGUCUCUUGCAGGCACCAACAGAAGAACUGUGGUUCCAUACAACAUGAACAGCGAGCCAAUAGGAAUCGCAAUCGAUCUGGAAAAUGAUAGACUGUAUUGGGUGGAUAGUCUACAAGGAACCAUGCAAUCCUGUAAUCUGACCGGAGGGGACGUCCUGGUUCACUGGCAGGCUGACCAUGUCGGGCUGUACGGAGUUACUACAUUUAAGGACUACGUUCUUUGGACGGAUAACACUAACCACGUCAUCAGGAUGGGAGUAAACAACGCCGUGGGUCAAUUCGUCACGACAAGACUCACAGAACUGUCUACAAAACCGUACGGAAUCCGCAUGUAUCAGAAAUUCCAGCAAAUGCUAUAUACAGUCAUCACCAACACCAACAACAGCAACUGCUAUUUUACCUUCUACAACCGCCAAAACAACGCGAGAGCCUGUUGCUUUAUCAACCAAAACCUCAACACCAACGCCAGCACCUGCAAUUUCAUCUACAGUUACUACACUAACGUCAGCAUCUGCCAUUUCGUCUACAACCACCACGACAACGCCAGCACCUGCCAUUUCAUCUUCAACGACUACACCAACGUCAUCACCUGA